UUGCGAGGAAUACAGAGAAGGAGACGGUGCGUCCUUUGUUUGUGAGGAACGCGGAGAAGAAGACGAAGCGACUUAUUCGCCAGAUGCCAUGGGGAUUGCCGCCUGCUGCAAUCGCCGAUGAAAGGGGCAGAGAUCUCCGCCAAACCGACCUGCUUUUACGAAGAGACUGCCUGAGGCGACGCAUCAGUUCGUCAGGCAGGCUGGGUGAGGCGAUGUGUCGCCGGCCGCCGGGUUUUGACCGAGGCGAGGCCAAUGGCCGAUGGGGACUGAUUUUGCAGGUUUGGACGGAGGUCCUGUUUGGCAGAGGUGACCCAGAGUUCCUGAUUUGGUUGAAGAGUCUGUGAAUUGGAGCCGAUGGGAGCUGCUGGAUGUUGGAAUUGAUCCGUAGCCUGCCACGCUCCCUCACCUUUUGUCAUUUUCCUUUGAUUCGCAUAACCUUGACCGAAGGUGUAGCAGGAGGUUAUAUGAGUAGAGUGUUGGCCUAUGUUUUGCUUCUAGGCCGAGGGAGCAUGCUGCCGCAGCCAGGGCCGAGGCGGUACCACGUCGUACGUAAUGUGGAGCUAUGGACGAGGGGGUUACCUUCACUCUGGCCGAAGGUGGAUGCUUUGCCGAAGUGAGCCUAUCUGGAGCGGAGUCCCUGUUUUGGCCGAUGCGGUCCAGACGAUACGGUUGCUUGACGAGGUGGCCUGUUUUGGCCGAUGCGGUCCGGCAAUGCGGUCCGGCCGAUGAGGUGGCUUGACAAGGCGGCCCUGUUUUGGACGAUGCGGUCCCGGACGAUGCCGUGUCCCUCUUUUUGACCGGUGCAGUGCGCGGCCGAAGCAGUGCCUGGCGUUGCGGUGCGUCGAUGUGUUGCCGGCCGAAGUGGUGCCGGCCGAUGGAUGACAGCCGAUGAAUGUUGGCCGAUGAAGAGCCGAUCGAUGAGGAGCCGGCUGAUGCGUUGCGGCCGAUGCGGGUGGCCGAUGUGGUCCCAUCCGUUGUGUGGGGUGCCGGCCGAUGGGAAUGCCGGCCGAAGGUGCUAUUGGCUGAUGAUGCGCUGCCAGCUGUUGGUACAGUGCUGGCUCCUCAGAGUUGAGGAAUGAGGGGCUUUCUUUGGCCGAAGUGGUGCAGAACUUCGGCUAUUUCUGCCAAGUUGGAGGUGAGAGCCGGCUGAUGCGCGCUAGGGGAGGAAGCGCAGCUCUUUGGUAAGCAGGUUGCCAGCAGAUGGGGCGUCCUUCUUUUUGGCCGGUGUGGUGUGCCGGCCGAUGUGAGGCUGAUGCGAGCAAGCCAACGAGGUUUUGUGGCCGAAGGUGAUCUCUCGGACGAGGUGACCCUUUCUUGGCUGACAGAACAUAGCGAAGCUUUGCUUGGCCGUAAUGUGUUGAUGGCUAAUGCAGUUGCUGACCGGUGCCGUUGCCGACCGGUGGGGUGUCUUCGUCGUUGUUUGGCCGAUGUGUCCCGGCCGUAGUGUUGAUGGGGCCGGUGCAGUUUGCCGGAGGUCCCACCAUCUCUUUGUUUGGCUUUUCCUCUUGUUUUAGUUGUUCUUGGCCGACGUGCUAUUUGGGAGUUCUUCCCUUGAGCCGAGGAGCGUACACCACGUGCAAGAAGAGGUGACAUAGCCGAAGAGUACCCCUUUGGUUAAUCGUGAAUUUUAAUGAGGGUCAUGGGCUUAGGGUCCCACCAACUUGCUAGCUUUUCCUUUUGUUUGGCAGAUGGGAGGAGUGAUUCACUUUUGGCCGAGGAGUUCAUAUUGCCUCUACUAGGGCCGAAGUGAUACCACAUGCAUAGUUUACGUGUUGUGAUAUUUGGCUGGGAGGAUCUCACUUGAUAUAUUCUGACUCUCAAUGAAAGCACCAAAUGAUAGAGUAUUAAUUCUAGAGAGAAGAGAGAGCUAGAGAGAGAAAGUGAUAUGUAUAAUGAAUUCCAAUCAACCAUUCCCCCAUCCUUUUACAUGGCUCCCAUAGGGAGUAUUUAUAGGAGAAAAGAGGGUUGGGCUUCCAGGUUUGGGUCUGGAAGGCCCAACUACAAUAAAAGGCCAAUAAAUGGCUAAUAAAUGGUAUCUAAUCUAUUCUAAUGGAUAUACAUGAAUAAAAUAGAGUGUACAAUGAGAUAAAUGCUAUCUACUGAGCGUAUG